AUGCUACAUUUAGCCACUUUAAAUGUCUUGAUGGCAUUAGUGAUUUGUACUGGCACAGUGAAUGGGAAGAGACCGCAAUAUUUGUUGAAAGAGCGCCAUUACGUGCCAUCAGCCUGGUCCAGAGUCGGUCCUGCUCCUGCGGACCAUUUGAUACAAUUGCAGAUCGGCCUGAGACAGAGUCAGUUCAGUGAGCUUGAGAAACAGCUUUAUCAAGUGUCUGAUCCACGCCAUGAAAGAUAUGGUCAACAUCUAUCUGAACAACAAGUCAAUCAACUCAUCAAGCCAACGAGCGAGACAACCGAUCAAGUUCUCUUCUGGCUUCGAGAGAACGACAUUGGAGAAGAUAUUGAGUACAGCCGCGCCAAAGACUGGAUCAAAGUCACACUUUCAGUGGAGUCAGUGGAAAGACUACUUGACACGGAAUACUCAAUCUUCAAGCACAAAGAUGGUACUCAUCUAGUCCGAACACCAGAAUGGUCACUUCCGUCACAUCUCCACCAGCACAUCCAAACAAUACAGCCUACAAACUCAUUCUUCCGAAUGAGACCUGAGCGAUCGACUCUGAAAAUCGCUCCAUCUGACACAACCGAUGUCCAAAUUACUACCGACAGGAGACCCUCAGGAACGGCACUUGAACAUGUGUGCAAUGUGACCCUUGUCACGCCAGAAUGUUUGCGUACACUUUAUGGAACAAUCGACUACGUCCCCAGAUUGACGGGCAAGAACCGCAUUGGAAUGACAAACUAUCUCGGCGAAACCAGCGUACGAUCCGACGUCUCGUUAUUCCUCUCUCGUUUCCGCCCGGACGCAACAGCGAACUUCACACUGACGACCAUCGCGUCCGGUUUGGAUCAGCAAGUACCCAACAUAACCUCUCUAGCGGCAGGAAAGAAUCUCGAGGGGAACUUGGACGCAGAAACAAUUCUAGGUAUUGCGUUCCCAACCCCGAUGGAGGCCUUCAAUACAGGCGGAAGUCCGCCGUUUGUACCUAGUCUUUCGACGCCGACGAAUACGAAUGAGCCGUAUCUGGAUUGGUUGCAGUUUAUGCUGGGACUGGAGAUUGUUCCACAGGUGAUAAGCACGAGUUAUGGAGACGAUGAGCAAACUAUUCCGUUGAGCUAUGCGACGGCUGUGUGUAAUGGAUUUGCACAGUUAGGCGCUAGAGGUGUGUCAUUGCUGUUUGCUAGUGGAGAUAAUGGAGUUGGUUCGAAUGGUGAGUGUGUCUCGAACGAUGGGAAGAACACGAGUAUGUUUCUGCCAAUAUUCCCUGGUGGUUGUCCAUUCGUAACAACCGUUGGCGGCACAAUGCAAAUCAACCCAGAAGUUGUGGUGUUUAACCCAGCAAACAACUAUGCGUCAGGAGGCGGCUUCAGUAACUACUUCUCUCGUCCUGCAUACCAGGAUGCGGCUGUCCAGCCUUACAUUACCUGGCUUGGCGAUGAGUUCAAAGGUCUGUACAACACAUCUGGACGAGCCUACCCGGAUAUUUCAGCUCAAGGCUUCCACUAUGCAACAAUUUGGAACGGGACUCUAGUGCCACUGGAUGGAACAAGUGCAUCCACACCAACCGCUUCGGCAAUUAUCUCGCUGGUCAAUGAUGCUCGACUGGCUUGUGGGAAACCAGUCUUGGGGUUUCUCAAUCCAUGGCUGUACUCACAAGGUUUCAAGGCUUUCACAGACGUAACCAGCGGUUCUGCACGAGGGUGUAAUGUGACAGGAUUUCCCGCCAAAGCUGGUUGGGAUGCAGUUUCUGGUUUUGGAACGCCUGACUUUCCGAAACUGAAGGCUGCAGCGUUGGAUAAUGGGAUUUUCUGACCUUGCUGACGAUUGAUCUCUACUUUAAUCGGUGAUUUUACUAAUGCCUGUAAAUUUAAUCGUUCUCUUAUACCCGCUUCGACGUUCAAACACCUCUGAGCUACAUUUACUCGCGAGCAGAUCAUCAAUCCAGAGUCCGACGAGUAAAGUGAACCGCAGGCGACAAGGCCAAUGUUCAACCUCUGCCAUGACAGAUUUGCUUCAAGAUUUCGACUUCACAUCUUCAUUAUUUAUCUUCGGAGCAUUGAUGGUGACAACUUGAAGCCAAUCACAACCCCCUGCAAUGUACUUGGC